UCUAUCUCUCUCUCCCUAAAACUCGCUUUUCCUCUGAACAAUUCUCUCAACCAAAUUACAAACCCAAUCCAAUCCAUGACCACCGGAAGAGAAAUCCUCCACAAGAUGAAGGUGAAGGCAGGAUUUUGUUCUUCGGCAGGCGAUGCAGCUGGGAAAGGCAAAGCCAAAGCGUCGUCGAAGAAUUGUAGCAAUAUAACUCAUGGAUGUCACUUGGUGAAGGGCAAAACCAACCACCCCAUGGAAGAUUAUUUGGUCUCCGAUUUCAAGCGUGUCAAAGAACACGACCUGGGUUUAUUUGCAAUUUUCGAUGGCCAUUUGGGCCACGAUGUCGCUAAUUUCUUGCAAAACAAUCUCUUCGACAAUAUUCUCAAAGAGGCUGACUUCUGGAGCGAAACAAGAAAAGCCAUAAAGAGAGCUUACAAGAAAACGGACGACGAAAUAUUGGAUAAAGUGAAGCAAUUGGGAAAAGGGGGAUCCACGGCUGUAACUGCCAUUUUAAUCGACGGUCAAAAACUUGUGGUUGCCAACGUCGGAGAUUCUCGAGCUGUUCUGUGCAAAAAUGGUGUCGCUGAACAGCUUUCCGUUGAUCAUGAACCUUCCAAAGAAAAAAGGGAGAUUGAGAGCCGCGGUGGUUUCGUAUCAAAUAUUCCAGGAGAUGUUCCACGUGUCGAUGGGCAAUUGGCCGUGGCAAGAGCGUUUGGGGACAAGAGCUUAAAACUCCACCUCAGCUCAGAGCCUGACGUUGAAGUGAAAACGGUGGAUGAAACUACAGAGUUCAUGAUUUUGGCUAGUGAUGGCAUAUGGAAGGUAAUGACUAAUCGAGAGGCAGUGGAAUCUAUUAGACACAUAAAAGACGCUAACUUAGCGGCCAAACGACUCAUCGACGAAGCAGUAUCUAGAAAAAGCAAGGACGACAUAUCGUGCAUUGUUGUUAGGUUUCAGUGAUUUAUUUUUCCUUUUUCUUUUUCUUUUUGUUUUUUUUUCCCUUUUAAAUAGAGUGUUAAAUAUCAAAGUGUGGAUAUUAUUCGACAGUAAAUUUGUUUUGCCAGUUGGCUGCUGUCUGUAAGGUUCGAUGCUACCUGAGUAGAUAAUUUUCUCUUAUAAAUAUUAUUUUUCAAGUAUAAAAUUUGGCUUGCCCGUA